AUUCCAAAUCACUGUUGACGUCGCAACAGGCCAUUUUCAUCUUGUCUGCAUGCAGCAGUGUCAAGAGACCAUGCUAGCUCGUGUUACGAAAUGAAGGCCAGCAUUGCGAAUGUUUACUACCCCAACGCUAGAGGAGGCGCACGGCUCUCUCCACGUCCAGCUGUGCCCGGCCUCAUGGAACGGGUGGGUUUCGGUGUGUGCCGAUUGAUGAAAGCUGCUGUUUGCCGUGACUGCUUUCUCUCUCCGCUCAAUUUCCCACGCUGUCUGAUGACGCUCUUCACAGAAACAAAACUGACUAGCCCACCUUCUCGAAGGUGUCCACGUCAACGUGGCAGAAGUUUCUUCAUCUCAGGGCGUGUUUCAUGAUCAGACAGCUGCUGUGAUGGUGGGUGGUAAUGAAAGCUCACCGCAACUUGGAUGACGGGCGUUCCAGGUGAAGUUAUCCCCCGCUUGCAAUUUCAUGAACCACUCUGUUAAUCAUAACAACAUUAUCAUCGGGCUGGUCGUGAAUGUAGACUAUACUAGGUACGCUUCUAAAAGCAGCGAUUGACACCCGGGAUCUAGGGAUCGACGGAGAAACCAGGUUACAUCACUACAGUCUGUCUCAGCUGCUACCUUGCUCUUGGAAAUUGCCUUGUUCUUUUCUUCUCCCAAACCUUUUAGCACCCGAAUAUCCGAACCCCCAUGUAAGACCUCCUCAAUUGCUGUCAACGUCACAGGCAGCCAGUUCCAAAAGAAAAAAUUUCUUCGACACUCCAGUCAUCUCAUCCCACUCUUUGGAACCAGUGGCUUAUUCCUAUUUGAAAUUGGAGAUGCAGAGCUCCUGGCUCCCCGCCGAUCGUGGAUCUAGAUCGUUCACGUCAGAUGCAGGCAAGCACCCUGGCAUCGACCUCCAGCUCGCCGUGUUGGCCAACAACACAAAAACCAAAAGAAGAAGAAAAAAAAAGAGAAAAGUGGGCUGCACUUGGGCGUAGGUUUACGCUGAGAUUUUCAAGAUGACUGAUGAGACCGGAAAGCCUUGUUGUUGGCACCGCUCAACUUAUUUCUGGGGUUGUUCUUAUACUUGACAUUUUCCACUUUUUGCUUUUCAUUUCUUGUCCUCAGCAACCGGCUGGCAUCACUCCUUCGUGUGCUCCUUGCACUUUUUAUUGCACUCCUUUCAAUCUAUCACGGCUUACACCUUCAUUCAUCACUUCAUAUUUAUUGAAUUCUUUGGGGCAUUCCUCAUCCCCACACUACCCACCCUCCUUUUAUACUCGACACGUUCCAUGCCCAUCUCUCGAGUUGCUUCGACGCCCGUGAUCCCAUCCUUAACCUCAGUCCGGUUCUGUUCAACCUCGUCGUGUCCUUCCAGUCUCACAGCAGCAGAAUCAACCAACCACGACCACAGCGCGUCCGGCAUCUCGACUGUCUAUCAUGGCUAUGCAAAGCACCAGCAUCAACCUUGAACAAUUGCUCAAGAGAUUCCCGAACUCAGAUUUCCCCAGCCCUUACAUAAGUCUUGGUCCAUCCUCACGCCUCUCUCCCGCGACUACCAUUGCCGAGAAUGACAACAUAUCCUCCGCUACAAGACUUAAACCACCUCCUGUCUCACAUCAACGGCGCACUGGACGACGUUCUCUCGGUGCCACCACAGGUCGCCCGCGUGCCUCGUCACCAGCAACUGUGGCUAGCAAAGAUGACUAUCUCCAGUGCCCCCUCUGCUCUGAAGUUGGGGCAUACACGGCCUGUCGCCGGAAGAAUGAUCUUAAACGCCAUAUGCGAAAUUAUCAUAACACCAAUGCGCAGUGGGCCUGCCCGAAGCGUGGCUGCGGCAAGACAUAUGACUGUCUUCCGGGGAUGAAAGCGCACCUAAAAGAGCCCAGUCACGGCAACCUCCACCGGUCUUCGGAUUGCAUCACGACUAUACUCUGCCCCCGAGUUGUCUUCGCCUGUGGCUUUACCAACUGCAAGCAUGUCUUCGAAACACCUGACGCCGCCGACCCUGCUGAGACAGCUACUGAUUACUUUCAUCACGUCGCCAACCACGUCGAGGCCAAUCGCCCCAACCAGGCCUGGUCCCACUCAACCUGCUUCCGAAAUCUCAUGCGGCAAGCGGGUAUCUAUGAUGACUGGAAGAAUCGACACCCCAAGGGCAAAGACUUGAAGUGGCAGCCACACACAUCAAUCGUGUUGAGGAAGAUGCUGGAGACCAGGCAUGUGCCCGAUAGUGAGCUGUUGGUGCUCUGGGCUGUCAGGUUGGGUUCCAAGCCGUACUCUGAAUCCACUUCGCCGGCACCGAGGGGUCUCCCUGAGGCUCUCCGUCUUCCUGUGUCCGAGCUGUGUGGAUGCAGUGCCAACUCGGUGCAUCCGUCGCCAUCCCACCCCAAUCCUUCUCCCGGUUCGCCUCAGGUUCCUGAGAGCUUGGCCGACAGGUCUGCAGAGUUUGAUUUAGCUGCUUAUUCUAGCACUUCUGCUUUCAGCCAGAAUGUAAACGAUCAAGACUAUACCCAGGAUUCUACACUUAUUGAUAUCAGCAGGCCGUUUGAUAACUCCCCUCAACUGGAAGGUGGAUACCCCUUGGGGGUUCCAGCUCUCACGGUAAACCAGCAGCCAGCUCCCGAAUGGCCCGGUUAUUACAACAACAAAAACAACCAGGACAUGUCAGACAUGAUUGAUCCCGCGCUUCUCAGCGUGGGAGGCCAGUCGUCGUGGAUGGACGAUGGGAUGGAGGGCGUCGAUGCUGUCCGUGAGGCGGACGACCUGUCGAGCUGGUAGAACUGAGCUCACUUGUACGGUGUACCAUUUAUAUACCGACUUCACCAAAACCCUUUCACCAAUUUAUGCUUCACCGACAUGUUCUUCACCAUGUACCGUCAUCUACCACUGACCUGUACCGCUACCGACCACAGACCUCUGUACCACUAUUCUAUCACCACCAUCACAGCAACGGCCUUGAUUACAUACACCCUCUUAAUUCCCUCGAAAUAUUUCACUUCGAUUUCCGCCGCCUUUCCUAUUUCACACUAAACGUCUUUUCUCUAAAACUUUUAAUCACCUUUACCAUUUCUCCUUUUAUUUUCACACAGGAAGAAUUUAUCUUCCUCAUCACAAGCCAGGAGCAAGGGAGGAAAAAGAAAUGACGACUUUGAUAGGCCCAUGACUUUUUGGACUUUUGGACUUUUACUUUUCGUGAACAUAUUCACGACAGUUUCGACGAGGGAUGUUAUUGGGUGAUUCUUUUUAUUUCUUCCUUUUCUUUUUCUCGAGGUUUCGAUAUUUGUAUAACGUUUUAUGACGGGGGUCAUGUAAAAUAUGACGAGGAGGAAUGAGAAGGGGAUUUGCCACAACUAGUUGAGCAAAUGGACACGGGGUUUAUAUAUGGGCUUUUUGGACAUAGCUGUUUUAAUUGAACGAUAGGGCGGUUGCCUUUUUCUUCGUCCACUG